AUGGAUCUCCCACAGUGCUGGGGGUGUAAAGAGGAGGAGGUUCUCAAUGAAUUCAGCAACCAGGAGAGGAAGCCCACUUCAGGUAAAGAAGAACCAGAACAUCAAGAGUCCAAAGAGGAAGAGAAGCAACUCUGCAUCAGUCAGGAUGAAGAGCAGCUUGUGCUGAAACAAGAGACUGAUGACAUUUUGGUGAAUCCUCUUAAUGUGCAAAGAAUCCACAAUGAAACAGAACCACAGAGGAACCAACUCAUCUCUCAUGGCUCUGCUGAGGAUGAGAACCAGGAUCAGGAAGGAAGCAAUUCUGAGGACUCAGGAGAAAAGAGAGAUGAAGAACAGAAACACAACAAAAGAUGCCAGAAAGAUCUCCCACAAUGUUGUGUGUGUAAAGAGGAGGAGGUUCUCAAUGAAACGGAACCACAGAGGAACCAACUCAUCUCUCAUGGCUCUGCAGAAACUGAGAACCAGAAUCAGGAAGGAAUCAAUUCUGAACACCCAGUAAAAAAGAGAAAGGAAGAACAAAAACAAAAGGAGAAAUACGAGAAAACCAAAGAGCAGAAAGGCAGAACUGACACUUCAAAACAACAAAAGCACAAGAAAGCUCACGCAGGGCAAAAAUUAUAUUCUUGUAAAAUUUGUGAUGAAACCUUUUCUCAAAAAGAUAUCUUGCUGAGACACAUAAGAAUUCACAAAGAUGAGCGGCCUUUUUCUUGUGGGACUUGUGGAAAGAGUUACAGUGAAAGAAGGACUUUAACUCGGCACAUGAAAAUUCACACAGGUGAGAAGCCUUUCUCCUGUGGGUCGUGUGGAAAACGUUUCUCUCUAAAAGGUACUUUAAAUGUUCACAUGAGAAUUCACACAGGUGAGAAGCCCUUCUCAUGUAGGACCUGUGGAAAGAGUUUCAGUGAAAGAGGGCCUUUAACUCGGCACAUGAGAAUUCACACAGGUGAGAAGCCUUUCUCAUGUGGGUCGUGUGGAAAACGUUUCUGUCAAAAAUGUCAUUUAAAUGUUCACAUGAGAAUUCACACAGGUGAGAAGCCCUUCUCAUGUGAGACCUGUGGAAAGACUUACAGUGAACGAGCGACUUUAACUUAUCACAUGAGAAUUCACACAGGUGAGAAGCCUUUCUCUUGUGGAUCCUGUGGAAAGAGUUUCUCUCGAAAGGACGCUCUAAAUGUCCACAUGAUAACUCACACAGAUGAGAAGCCUUUCUCUUGUGGGUCUUGUGGAAGAGGUUUCUCCCUAAAAACUCAUUUAAAUGUUCACAUGAGAAUUCACACAGGUGAGAAGCCUUUCUAUUGUGGGUCUUGUGGAAGAAGUUUCUCUUGCAAAGAUUAUUUAAAUGUUCAUAUGAAAAUUCACAAUGGUGAGAGGCCUUUCUCUUGUGGGUCUUGUGGAAGAGGUUUCUCCCUAAAAACUCAUUUAAAUGCUCAUAUGAAAGUUCACACAGGUGAGAAGCCUUUCUCUUGUGGGAUCUGUGGAAAGAGUUACAGUGAAAAAGGGGCUUUAACUCAUCACAUGAGAAUUCACACAGGUGAGAAGCCUUUCUCUUGUGGGAUCUGUGGAAAAAGUUUCUCUCAAACAGGUAAUUUAAAUGUUCACAUGAGAAUUCACACAGGUGAGAAACCUUUCUCUUGUGGGAGCUGUGGAAAAAGUUACAGUAACAGAAGUAAUUUAUCUUGUCACAUGAAGACUCACUCUGAUGAGAAGCCAUAGGUCCAAAACAGAUCCGAUCCAAUUUGGCAUCUAAUCCUAUGGAAAAUCUGGUCAGAUGAUGUAAACAGCAAGUUGAACAUAUUAAAGUCAACAGAUUCUUGCAGGCUGCUAGUGAUUCACUGUGAUUGUGUCUUUCACUGUCUGACCAAGAUAAACCUGAGGUCUACUUUUGCCUAGCAGCUUGUUUUCCUUAAUCCAGUUUUUUGUUUUAAUUCUCAGUCGUAUUUGUACUUAAGAUCCCCAUCAGUAUCCCAUUAGAUACUGAAGUUAAAGAGGGGAACACAUUCAGACAGGAUUCAUUUCUGUGCAUUUCAGUUUUCAUGGAGUUCUGUACCAUGUAGAAUAAUUGAGUUUAGCUUUUAUUUGAAGUUUCUGUGUAUGACUAGAUGUAAAAUACUUUAGAAAUGAAAGCAGUGAAAUGUUCUUGUUUUUCCAUAAAUAAAACUCUGAUGUUUGUUUGAAAAAAACUCUAAAAUAAUUUUGAUCUGGUCAGAUUUUGAUUUAGAGCUAACCACAGAGAGGUGUUUAUUUUCCCAAAUGUUUGUCAUUGUUACACUUUGCUAUGAGAAGCAAAGUAUAUUAUUAAAAAGGUAUGUUAAAAUAUACACUAGUAUUUUGAGCAGAAUAUGCUUUUUAAUAACUGUUGAUUUGAAUAAAUAUUGAUGGAUUAUUCA